AUGCCGCACUUCGACCAGCUCGACGCUCCGAAAAAGGGCAAGCCGAUCAAGUCUGCCUUUGACAGUGAGAGCUUCGACGCCGACGGCACAAUUCAUGUUGCCGGACUAGUGGGAUCGGCCACAAUCUCACCUUCUGGUAGAGAUGUCGCAUUGGCAUCCCCCGAGGGCCUGUCAAUCAUUGACUUGGACUCGCCCUACAACCCUCCCCGCCGGCUCAGCAGCCACGGCUCUCCGUGGCUUGUCACGGAUGUUCAAUGGUCGCCUUUCGCAGCCCGCGACUAUUGGGUCGUCUCCACGGCUAAUCACCGUGCGCUCGUGUGGAAUCUCAACCUGAGAGACGACUCAACGUCCGGGGCGAUCGAGCAUUCCCUCCAGGGCCACAGCAGGGCCAUCACCGACAUCAACUGGUCCGCACACCACCCCGACCAGCUCGCGUCGUGCGCAGUCGAUGGUUACGUCCAUUGCUGGGAUCUCAGGCGUCCGAGACAGCCUGUCCUCACCUUCUGCGACUGGUUUGCCGGCGCCACACAAGUUAAGUACAACCGUCAGGACCCGCACAUUCUGGCCUCGUCUCACGACAGGUGGUUGCACAUCUGGGACGAGCGCCGGUCAUGCGAGCCUCUCAAGUCCAUCAGCGCCCAUACCUCCAAGAUUUACGGCAUCGACUGGAACCGGACCAGGUCUACGGGCAUCGUGACAUGCUCCUUGGAUAAGCACAUCAAGUUCUGGGACUACGGCAGCGACCAAGACGUCCCGGAGCGUGUCAUACGCACCGAGUUCCCGGUGUGGCGGGCUCGUCACACCCCCUUUGGCCGGGGCCUCCUGGCGAUGCCUCAAAAUGAACCAGGCGAUCUAUACCUGUACGACCGACGACCGCCUCCCAAGGACCCUGAGGAAGGGCCGACGGAUCCAGUCGCGGUGUUCCCCGGACACGGCAACCACAAGGCCAAGGAGUUUUUGUGGAGAAGUAGAGGGGGUAUCACAGAGGACGGGUUGGACGAGAGAGACUUCCAACUGGUCUCUUGGGGUGAGGACAAUGAGCUGCGGUUGCAGCAGGUCGACCCGUCCAUUCUCGAAUCUGUGGGCUACGUCAAAGGAAUGCCAGCGAGAAAGAACCUGGUUCUCACACGUAAAGGUGCCGCCUACAAGACUUUCCGGACGGCCGAAGAUAGCGUCAGCCGAGACCGGAGGACCGCGACGAUGAGCGAUCCCCGAAACGGCGCGCAGUAUCGACAGAGCGCCCUGACCAUGGGCAUGCGCUCAGGGCCGACGACCUACUCCAAACUUGGUGCCGCUUGGAAGGGUUCCUCCAUGAAAGCCAAGAGCGCGUCCAGGGAGAUGGAUCGCAGCCAGGCGCAUAUCGGUUGGAUAAAAGGAAUCUUGAUAAACAAGAGAAAAACCUCUACUGACAGCCCCCGACGGGCCGACUCGAAGGACUCGAGCAUGUUUAGUCCCGGGUACAUGGACGACGACAAGUGGGGGGACCCGGAGACCAUCCAGGAGGAGUUUCUUCGCAUCAGCAUGCAGCUUCCCAAGGUGGAGUGGGAGCACAUCGACAUGGACAAUUUGACGCUCAAGGCCUCCCUUAAUGGCCCAUGGGGCGCCAAUGGCGAAACCAUCUUUAUUAAGGUGACGGUCGACAUACCGGCAGACUACCCCAAAUUCAAGGCCCCGAAGUUCUUAAUCGAGAAGACGGGUUUCAUGUCGGAGAGGACGCAUAAGAAGAUUGGGCACGAGAUCCAUGAGCUCUGCCAACAGUUCCUAGAGCGGAAACAAAACUGCCUGGAUGUUGCUUUCUCCUACCUCUUGGGCGAGAUUGACCUUGCAGCGAGCACGAACUUCUUCAAGAACGUGAAGGACCUCGAUGACCCGCUGGACGGAGUCGGCUCCGAGAGCUCCAGCGAGGACGAGAACGAUAUACCGGCGGGCGGCUCCGCGUCCAUGUCGCAGGAGCUGCCUCCCAAUGUCGAAGCCGAAAGCACUCUUGCACCGAAUAACACUACUAUCCCACCGCUGCCACGAUUCUGCGGCGCUCGGUUUGCCAACGACGGGCGGCUUGUGUGCUUCUUCCCGACAAAAGAGGAAAAAGCUCGGGCAUUGUUUUCUACGUCAAUCGAGCCCCCGCGCGAGCGGAUAAAGGGCGAGCCGGUGUUUGCGGGCUUCGGUCGUCUGGCGCACGAUUCGCCGCCGGGCAAGAGAUACGGCAACGAUGAAAUGUCCGCGACAGAUGACCAGUCAGACUCUGACGGUUCCACGGGGUCUUCGUCGUCGAGCGACUCGGAGUCAACGUCCAUCAACAAGAUGAGCCUAUGGUACCAGCCCCGCCAUCGGUUCAAGAGGACCUGGAGCGACAACCGGUCAAUCCGGUCAAGCGGCGGCGGUACGGGAGUGGGGACCGGGACCGGCACGGGGUCUCUCAGAAGGCGCCCCGGGGCCAAGUCGAAGAAUGUCAUAUCCCUCCACGAUAUCUCAGGCCUUCUUCCCGCGAAGAAGGAAUUCGCCCAAGAAUACGCCAUAUUCGGGGACGGAGCUCAAGUCUGCGAGCACAACGCCCAAGUCGCGAAGAAGCACGGCUGCCAGGAUCUGGUCGACAUCUGGCGCUACUUAUCGUUGAUCCUCCGCAGAGACAUCCCACUGGAGCUGUCGAACAUGGACCCCCGCCAAAACUCAAUACUGAUCAUUGCCCGCAACGCCCUUGCGCGCUUCCGCCAUGAGGACUCGCCGGAUGCGCAGACUGUUAACGACAACGACGACAGCACCGUUUUCAGCGGAAGGGUAAAAUGGGGCAAUCAUCCCCUGGCAAGGGGCUUCAUCAGCGACCUCUUCGAGUACUUUGAGAUGACGGCGGACAUCCAGAUGUUGGCCAUGCUUUCCUGCAUCUUCAGUGAGGCCUUCACCGAGGAUAGCGUUGCGUAUGCCGAAUCACAUCUCACACAGCCCGACACGCCGUUGCCGAUGAAGACGCCCGCGUUCUCGCUCGACUACUUCCCUACGGAUGCAUCGCUCUGGAACCUCAGUGGGAGAAGCCAAACGAACUCGGCCAUCACCACUCCAAGGACGCUGCACACGCCUAUCCGCUACUCCGGCUCCCAGGGAUCCACCGAGGAAGUGUUCUGGGCUGGCGAUCCAGGCUCCAACUCGUACUCUUGCGGCGAAACCCCGCCCAAUAGGGGAGUCAAGGAGUACCUCGGCGACGGUGACCAGACACAAAGCCUUUCGACAUCGCCCAGCGGACGGACGCUGUCGAGGGCGAACUCGGGGCUGACGUCGAGUUUCGCCAUCAACUUCCCCCGUCCUUUCAGCGGUGUCGCGACAGGAACCACGACCGCCGCCUCGUCGCCACCGAACCACGGCCGGAAACGCCUCAGUCCGGCCGACACAGUUCUCAGCACCCUCGCUCCCAGUGCCAGCGCAGUCGGCAACGUCACCUGGGGCCACUCGACCGUCAUGGGCGACUCUAUCACGACACGCACCUCUCUCUCGGACGACGAGGUCUACCGCGAGGAGCUCUUCUCGCUCGUCCCCAUCGGCGUGUCCGUGCAUCUGGAGGACCAGACGAUCUUCGACGACGACGGUUGGAUGACGACGCCGCUCCUCGAGCCCAGCCGCAGCGACAUGUACGCCACGUACCGCUACGUCUACGCCGAGAUCCUCCAGAUGUGGAACCAGCCCCUGGCGCGCCUGGAGAUUAUGAAGUUUAACGUGCUCCAGCAGAACCAGGGGGCCGGGGCGCUCGACGAAUUCCACGAGACGUAUAGCGUCGCCGACACUUCGACCACUGUACAGCAGCAGCAGCAGCAGCAACACCACCACCACCCCGAACAGCAGCACCAGGCCCUCCAGCCGCAGCAACCGCACAACACCUCGCCGAUCCUGCUCGGCAAGAAGGAGCAGCUCCAGGCCCUCGUCGCCUCUGGCCGCGGUCUCGACGUGACGGGCGUCUGCCGCGUCCACGAAACGCAACUCGAGCCGCUGAAAUACACCUCGGCCACGGCGACGCGUCUCGGCGGCGCUGUCGGCUCCUGCGACCGCUGCCGCCGCACGCAGAACCAGCUGCUCUGCGUCUACUGCCGCGAGCCCGUCGACGCGCUGUACCCGCCCUGUCUCGGCUGCGGCUGCGCCUUCCACGAUGCGUGCCUCGCCGAGUGGCACGCCGCGGGCGAGAUCAUGUGCCCCGCGGGCGACGAGUGCAACUGCGUCGAGGAGGCGUCCAUGGGGCAGGUCGAGUCGUGGGCCGCGAUGAUGGGGGCGUUGAGGAAGGGUCAGCAGGCCGCCGCCGCGUCGUCCGCCACGUUUGCUGCGUCGGGAGGGAUCAUGGGACGGGGGUUCGUGCUGCCGCCGCCUGCGAUCGAGGAGCCCGGGGAGGAGGACAGGGGCGACUGGGAGAGCGUGGGGAGCUCCGCGGGGAUCCCGAGCCGCGUGCAAGGCGGGGGUGCGGGGGGUAGCGCCGCCGUCAUGAGCGCCGCGAGAAUCAGUCUGGGCAACAGGUUGAAGAAGUCCGCGGGCGACACCGCGGCCGCGUGGUCCCGCGCUUCGAGCUUGAGGAGAGGGAGGGGCGGAGGAGGGGUCGGGGCCGGGGGGGCUGGGGCUGGGGCUGGGGUCAACGGGAACGGGAGCGCCGGUGGGAGCUGGCGGAACCCGAGGUGA